ACACAAUAACAAGUAGAUAUACAAAAUUAUAUCAUAAAUAAAUAUAUAAUUAUUUAUUUACAAUGGGUUUGUCCUUUGUUAAUGUUAGAGUAUUGUUUGUAGCCAUUUUUGUUGCUGCAGUGAUGAAUAAUAUUUGUUCUGCAACAGAGAUCACAGUUGGAGAUGGAACUGGUUGGACCACUUCUUUUGAUUACCAAGCUUGGUCAAAAGACAAGACUUUUAAAAUUGGGGACACACUUGUUUUCAAGUAUCCUGUUGGAGUACACAAUGUAGUUGAGGUUGAUGAAAAUGGUUUCACAAAUUGCCGUACAUCAAAUGAAUUAGGGAAGACAUUUACAAGUGGAAAUGACCAAAUUGCCCUCGACAAGCUUGGAAAUAGAUGGUUUAUUUGUGGUAUUCCUGGUCAUUGUGAUUUGGGCAUGAAACUUUCUAUUAAUGUUAUUCCUAUUUAGUUAAAAACACACUGUAAUUUAUUGUUUUCAGAUUUGAGAUCAAUAAUAAUAAUGAUGGCACAUUACAUUUGUUACUCAUGUAUUGAUAU